AUGAUAUCCUCCGCUGUCCUCAUUCCCGAGGAGCCUCAAGUCGAUCCUGCAGAACAAAAUGGCUCACUAAAACGCCGUCAAUCCUCCGUCUCGGAAUCCUCAGAAUCAAACAAACGUCCCCGCCUCGAUUCUCAGACAUCAACGACCGCUUCUAGCCAUGGGGAUGUCUCCCCGACGGCGCCAUCAGCAACUUCUCCCGCUGCAGCAACCGCCGCAGGAGGACAACCAUCGGCCAUGUCUCCUCCUCCGCCUCGCCGGCGACAAACAUCUUCAGCCCUGGAACAAGAUAAAUCUCGGAACAGAAGACUCUUUGGUGCCCUUCUCGGCACCCUCUCGCAAUCAUCGAAUACUCCCCGAAGAACUUCCGCUGGAACAAAGAUAAACAACCAGACAACGACGUUAAACGCGCGUCGCGAAGAAAUUGAAUCUCGUCAACGGGAACGCUUAAAACGCGAGUCCCAUGAAAUCGCCGAAUCUGCGCGCCUCAAAAAGGAACACCUCGAGCACGAACGCCGGGUCGAGCAGGUGCGCUGGGAUGAACAAGCUAUGAGAUUAAGACAUAGAAAUAUGAGGGUGUCGGCUGGAUUUUUACAGACCAAGGCCGAGCCACGACUUUAUUACAAACCCUGGGAGUUGCGCGACUUUGAGGAAGACGAGAUUAAACAGCAGAUUGAGGAUGCAGAGGCGACGAUUCGGCGAGAGACAGAGGAGUUUGAGGAGAAAAAGAAGUCGAGGGAGGAGGAACUCAAAAGGGAAGAAGAGGAUAGACAGAAGGACGGUCAGCAGCCGCCGAUUUCAUCAACAAGCCUAUCUGGACCUACCGCAGCAGAUGAGAUGGACGAUCGACACGAGACAGAGGACGUGGCCGACGAACCCGCAGCCAGAGAAGAACAGUCGGAUCUGGUUAACGAUGAAAGGAACAGAGAUGACCAUGUCUCCCUGCGCGACUCUUCCGACCCGUUACAAGAUAGCGAAACUUCAGCACAAGCAACGAAAACCGAGGGGCGGCGCAGCAGCGUUAGCAAAGACCACGACGACCACGAUCAUGGCGGCGAAGAGCUUGAACGGGGGCAGGAAGAUGAUGUAAUUUACUGA